AUGCCUGAGGGACAGCAAGGACACCGACUCUACGUCAAGGGCAAGCACCUUUCGUACCAGCGCUCCAAGCACGUCACCAACCCGGGCACGUCGCUCAUUAAGAUCGAGGGCGUCGACGACCCCAAGGCCGCAUCCUUCUACCUGGGCAAGCGCAUCGCAUACGUCUACCGUGGCAAGAAGGAGAUUAGAGGCACCAAGAUUCGGGUCAUUUGGGGCAAGGUUACGCGGACACAUGGCAACUCGGGCCUCGUGAGAGCACAGUUCAGGCACAACCUGCCAUCCAAGUCCUUCGGCGCCAUGGUGCGCAUCAUGCUCUACCCCAGCGCGAUAUGA